AUGGAACACCCAACCCCGCAUACAGACGAGCUCCCGGGCGGGUGGAUAGAAACGCCUGCAAAUCCUGAUCGCGCACAGUCUUAUAUAGGUUCCCAAGGAAACGAGAAUGCGCGGUCGAACCCGACAGCGAGCGCCCAAAUUACUCCUCUCUCGCGCCCAGGUGGCACAUAUCUCAGCUACUCUGGGGUUGUAGGAAACACCUCAGCUGGGAAUGCCCCAACGAGUCCAAGUCACCUCUCAUCUUCAAGUCUGAACACUGCCGUUCCAUCCACGAAUGAGAAGGCGACAUCGGAGGAUGCAAAACACAAAGACCCUGAAAAAACGCGCCGCGAGUCCGUCGAAUCACUCAGCUUAGCGUCUGUGUCGUCUUCGGAGGAGGAGGAGGAAGACGGAUUCGUUGCCGUGAAGACAACAUCGUCGACUCCGAAAAGACCGCGUCUACAAGGCAAUGGUUCGAAACAGAUGACCGAGGAAGACCUCUUCCGCUCGCUAUCGAAACGCAGAACGAACACGCUCCGCCGUUCUGGGACCGACGGGACAGCAUCCAGCAGCGAUGAUGAGCAGGAAGAGAUUAAUAAACUCAUGUCUCGUAUGUUCGGUCGCACAAGACAAGAGUCCUCAGAGGAAGAGAAAACCAGACAUGCCGGAGUCGUUUUCAAGAAUUUGACGGUAAAAGGAAUGGGCGUUGGUGCGGCGCUACAGCCAUCUGUUGGUGACAUCUUUCUUGGCCUUCCUCGCUUCCUGAAGAACUUGGUUACUCGAGGGCCUAGGAAAGCCGCAGGGAAGCCUCCUGUGCGCACCAUCAUUGACGACUUUUCGGGUUGUAUCAAGCCUGGAGAGAUGCUCUUAGUUCUAGGACGACCGGGCGCUGGCUGUUCCACCUUUUUGAAGAUAUUGGGAAACCAAAGAUUUGGAUAUGAGGACAUCGCCGGCGAUGUCACGUAUGGUGGGACCGAGGCGGAGGAAAUGAGGAAGAAAUACCGCAGCGAAGUCUUGUAUAAUCCUGAGGAUGACCUGCACUACGCAACUCUCAAAGUCAAAGAUACCCUCAGGUUCGCGCUGAAGACGAAAACGCCUGGAAAGGCGUCACGUAAAGACGGUGAGACACGUAAAGAUUAUGUAAACGAGUUCCUACGGGUGGUAUCGAAGCUAUUCUGGAUCGAGCACACAAUGGACACUAAGGUCGGAAAUGAGUUGAUACGAGGUGUGUCUGGGGGAGAGAAGAAGCGAGUUAGCAUCGCUGAGGCUAUGAUCACCAAGGCGUCCGUACAAGCUUGGGACAAUUCCACGCGUGGAUUGGAUGCCAGCACUGCGUUAGAAUACGCCUCAAGUUUACGAUCGCUCACGAAUAUGGCUCAUAUUUCGACUGCAGUCGCUUUGUAUCAGGCUGGCGAAUCACUGUACGGCCUAUUCGACAAGGUGCUACUCAUUCAUGAAGGACACUGCUGUUACUAUGGCCCUGCAGACAACGCAGUGAAAUACUUCAAACGCCUUGGGUUCGUACAACCAGACCGCUGGACUUCGGCAGAUUUCAUUACAUCCGUCACAGACGACAACGAACGACACAUCAAUGAAGGCUGGGAAGAUCGCAUCCCAAGGUCGGGUGCUCAGUUCGCAAAACUGUUUGCAGAGAGCCAGCAGCAUCAGAACAAUCUCGCCGAGAUCGAAGAGUUCGAGAGAGAAACAAAGCGCUUAAAGGAAGAGCGACAAGCGGCAAUGUCAAAGGCGACAAAGAAGAAGAACUUUACGCUCCCUUUCCAUAAGCAGGUUAUCGCAUGUACAUCCCGCCAGGCGAAGGUUAUGCUUGGUGACCCGCAAUCACUAUUUGGCAAGUGGGGCGGCGUCCUCUUCCAAGCCCUCAUCAUCGGUUCACUGUUCUACGACUUGCCCAAAACCGCAGCUGGAGUGUUUCCUCGCGGUGGUGUUCUGUUUUACAUGUUACUAUUGAACGCUCUCCUUGCGCUUGCCGAGCUGACUGCCGCCUUCGAAUCACGACCAGUCCUCCUCAAACACAAAAGCUUUUCGUUCUACCGGCCAGCAGCAUACGCUAUUGCUCAAACAUUGAUCGACAUCCCGCAGGUACUGGUCCAGGUGUUUAUCUUUGAUAUCGUCGUAUAUUUUAUGUCGAAUCUACAACGCACCGCUUCCCAGUUCUUCAUCUCGUUGCUAUUCUUAUGGAUCAUCACUAUGACAAUGUACUCGUUCUUCCGAGCUAUAGGCUCUCUGGUGGGUUCGCUUGACGUUGCGACAAGAAUCACAGGUGUGGCGAUUCAAGCUCUCGUGGUAUACACCGGAUACUUGAUACCGCCGAGCAAGAUGCAUCCAUGGUUCUCGUGGAUACGCUGGGUCAACCCUGUUCAAUAUGGCUUUGAAGCACUUCUGGCUAACGAGUACUACAACCUGGAGGUGGAAUGCGUACCUCCAUACAUAGUGCCUCAGGUCCCUGGUGCGCAGAGUCAGUAUCAAUCUUGCGCGAUCCAGGGCAGUACUCCAGGUUCUUUGACUGUCAAUGGCGCGAACUAUAUUUCCGUCGCUUAUCAGUACUCAAGAAGUCAUCUCUGGCGCAACUUCGGCUUCAUCUCCGCUUUCUUAAUAUUUUUCGUCGCACUCACGGCCAUAGGCAUGGAAUUACAGAAACCGAACAAAGGCGGAAGCUCCGUAACAAUCUACAAGCGAGGACAAGUUCCGAAGACGGUCGAGAAGGCUAUGGAGGUCAAGGCACAGCCGGGAGACAUCGAAAAUGGCAAAUCGGAAGCCGUGCCCAACGAAGGGGAGAAGAGUGGCAACAACGACUCUGUUGAAGGCGUCGCUAAGAACGAGACCGUCUUCACAUGGCAGAAUGUUACCUAUACUAUUCCCUACGAAAAGAACGAACGGAAGCUGCUCCAGGAUGUUCAAGGCUAUGUGAAACCCGGCAAAUUGACUGCUCUCAUGGGUGCAUCAGGCGCAGGCAAGACUACAUUGCUCAACACCUUAGCCCAGCGAAUUAACUUUGGAGUUGUUCAUGGCGACUUCUUGGUCGACGGUCGGCCGCUUCCAUCAUCGUUCCAACGGUCCACUGGUUUCGCGGAGCAGAUGGAUGUACAUGAAUCGACGGCCACAGUUCGUGAAGCGCUCAGGUUUUCGGCCAAAUUGCGACAACCCAAGGAAGUCCCUUUGCAAGAGAAGUACGAAUAUGUGGAGAAGAUUAUUGAAUUGCUCGAGAUGCAGGAUAUCGCCGGCGCAGCCAUCGGCAUGCCUGGAUCCGGGCUGAACCAAGAGCAACGCAAGCGUGUCACGAUCGGUGUUGAACUCGCUAGCAAGCCUGAGUUAUUGAUGUUCUUGGAUGAGCCGACGUCAGGUCUCGAUUCGGGCGCUGCUUUCAACAUUGUACGGUUUUUGCGGAAGCUGGCCGACGCUGGACAAGCGAUCCUGUGUACGAUCCAUCAGCCGUCGUCAGUCUUGUUCGAGCAUUUCGAUCAAUUGCUCCUACUUAAAUCUGGCGGAAGAACAGUGUACUUCGGAGAACUUGGCCACGACAGCCGCACGCUGCUUAACUAUCUUGAACGGAACGGAGCCAAGAAGUGUCCGACAAAAGCGAACCCGGCAGAGUUCAUGCUUGAAGUCAUUGGUGCUGGCGACCCCAACUACAAGGGCAAAGACUGGGGUGAUGUCUGGGAAUCAUCCACGGAGAAUGAAAAGCUUACCCAGGAGAUUCAAGAGAUCAUUUCAAACCGUCGAGACGCCGCAAAAGAGGAAGCGCGCGAUGACAGGCAGUACGCCAUGCCUUUGGCGACUCAGCUCGUCACCGUGAUCCACCGCAACUUUAUCCAGAUGUGGAGAGAUCCACCUUAUGUUGUCGGCAUGACUAUGCUGCACAUCAUUACUGGCCUUUUCAACGGCUUUACCUUCUGGCAUCUUGGAAACAGCCAGAUUGAUAUGCAAUCCCGUCUCUUCUCGACGUUCAUCACGCUAACGAUCUCACCCCCACUCAUCCAGCAGCUACAGCCUCGCUUCAUACGGCUGCGAGGGAUCUACUCUUCCCGCGAGGGCAACGCAAAGAUCUACUCGUGGACGGCCUUCGUUUGGGGGGCCAUCCUCAGCGAGCUUCCUUACCGAGUAGUCGCCGGCACGAUCUACUGGUGCUGCUGGUAUUGGACGACUUGGUUCCCGCGCGAUACCUACACGUCUGUCAGUGUGUGGCUCUUCGUCAUGGUGUUCGAGGUAUACUACCUGGGCUUUGGACAGGCGAUAGCGGCGUUCGCACCGAACGAGCUCCUAGCCUCGCUGUUGGUACCGCUUUUCUUUACCUUCAUAGCCGGUUUCUGCGGUGUCGUUGUUCCUUAUGUUGGAUUGCCAACCUUCUGGCAGAGCUGGAUGUACUGGUUGACACCGUUCCACUACCUCCUCGAAGGGUUCUUGGCUUUGCUCGUGCGAGGCCAGCCCAUUGUAUGCGACACUAACGAGUUGGCGAUGUUCCCGCCCCCACCGGGCCAAGACUGUCAAACGUACGCUGGUGGGUUUGCCCAGCAAAGCGGCGGAUAUGUGCAGACGCAGCCAAAUGGGGACUGCGGUUACUGUCAGUACGCAACGGGUGACGCUUUCGCAGCUUCUUUCAACGUGUAUGAGAAGAACAUCUGGCGUGAUUUUGGCAUUAUGUGGAUCUUCAUCUGCUUCAACUUUGUAGUGGUGUUUUUCGGUACAUGGCUCUACUUGGGCGGUGCACGCAAAAUCAAGUCGCUGUUCAGCCCAAAGGCUCGAAAGGACAAGAAAGAGACGAACAGAAGACGGACGGGGGACGCAGCUUAG